AUGUCACAGCAGCAGCAGCAGCAGCAACAAGAGCACGGAUUGCGCGCAGACGCCAGUGCCAAGCUGGAAAAGGCGCGCGUCUGGCUGGCGUCGGUCUUCCACCCAGCACCAGUGCCGCAGUUCGAAGUCACGGAGGACACUGUCGCUGCGAUAUGGAAGUUGGCUGCGGCUGCCCAGGAGCGCGAUGCAAAUGCAGUUGCGCUGGCGGCCGACCUGGCGCUCAAGUCUCAAGAGUACCAAGCUGAAGCAACGCGCGUUCAAGAGCUUCUGGCGCUGCAUGGACUGGACAAGUCGCGAUUGUCCGACCAAACGCAUGCGAACGUUCGAUCGCUCGCACGACUCGCUUCCUUGUUGCAUGUGAAUGACACGUCAUUAGCAAGCCUCUAUUGCGCCUUGUCAGACCUCUCCGCAAGCACCUUUGAUGAAUGGGACGGUGAAUUGCAACGCCAGCGACGAGCACAGACCAUGCAUGAGCAAGUGACCAGCUCGCUUUCCCGGCUGUCCGAGCUUCGAAGAACACUGGCCGAGCUGGACCAAGCCGAGACGGCGAACGUGGAAAUUGUGGAACGACGGCAGCAAGAGCGCACCUUUUACAACAAUAAAGCAGCAGAGUAUCAAGCGAGCAUUGCAAAGCUGCAGCAGCAACACCCGCUUGCAUCGGAACCAAGCAUUCGGCAUGCAGCAAUCAUGGCUGAAAGCGAGGCUGUGAAGCAGAUAAUCGACGAAUUGACCGCUAUCCGAACGACGCUGGAUACAUUCCAAAAGCUACCGCCGGAUUUCACGAUGGCAAAGUUGAAGAUUGAAGAAGCCCGUCGCGAAUUGAGUCGACUGGAGCAAGCGGUGACGCAAGGGUUUAGCGCGAUCAAUGCGUAACUUUGAAUGGAAAACAAAUAAACAUGCU